AUGUUCAAAAAGAUGACUGAAUUUGGUCCAGAUUCCGGGGGGAGAGUUAAGGGUGUUACUAUUGUGAAACCAAUUGUGUUUGGAAAUGUUGCACGGUACUUUGGAAAGAAGAGAGAGGAGGAUGGACACACUCACCAGUGGUCCGUCUACGUGAAGCCUUACAGAAAUGAGGACAUGUCUGCUUAUGUGAAGAAGAUCCAGUUUAAGUUACAUGAGAGCUAUGGUAAUCCACUGAGAGUGGUGACUAAGCCUCCGUACGAGAUCACAGAGACGGGCUGGGGGGAGUUUGAGAUCAUUAUCAAGAUCUUCUUUAUCGACCCCAAUGAGAAACCUGUGACAUUGUACCACCUCCUGAAGCUGUUCCAGUCGGACUCCAGUGCCAUGCCCAAGAAGACUGUAGUCUCUGAAUUUUAUGAUGAAAUGAUUUUCCAGGAUCCCUCAGCUAUGAUGCAGCAGCUGUUGACCACAUCAAGACAACUCACCCUGGGAGCAUACAAGCAUGAGACAGAGUUUGGUGAGCUGGAGCAGAAGACCAAAGAGAAAAUGGAAGCAGCGAAGAAGAGAACCAGCCAGGAGAUCACAGAACUCAAAGAUAAACUAAAAGCCAGCAGAGAGAACAUCAACCACCUGAAGGCAGAGAUAAGGAAACUAGAGGAGGACGGAGACCACAAGGAGCACUGAGACAAACAAACAUACAGACCAUACGACUGCCACAAAACAUGUGUUCUUACUCAUCUUUUCACCUCACCAGUGAUUCAAAAGCAGUGCAUUUUUGUGAGAGGUUUGAUGAUGUAGUUAACACAAUCAAGUCUCAUGCAUGAAACAUCCACAAAACACCUGAUUCAGUAGGAAGCCACAGGUCACAUGUUUGGACAUGAUAAAACCAGAACUGCUGCAUUGCCUGUGACUAAAACAAGUAAUUUGCAGUUGGUUAAUACAUCUGUUUUACUGCUAUCUCUGGCAUUUGGCUGUGAAGCAGAAAAACAAUAGAAUGUGUGUUUUGUUUUUCCUAUCAUUUAUGCAAUCUUAGUUGUAGGAAACCAUUUUGGAAAAAGUAUGAAUUCCUGUGUGAGUGUUUUCUGGUCAUCUUUACUUCAGCAUUCUUACUUACCAUUUGUAUGUGAAUAGCUCAUGUGUAAUGUUUUUUUUUUUUUUAACUUUUAUAUUAAACAAACAGAAAAUG